AUGCGUGCCUUUAUCAUUAGUCUGUGUAUCUUCGGUGUAGCCGCACUGGCAUACCCCCUCGACAUACACGCCGGGAAACGCACUUCUGAAGACACUGCCAUUGAUUAUGGCAAGCGUGAUUCCGAAGGCACAGCUAUUGACUGGGACAAGCGUGCUUUCGAAGGCACCGCCAUUGACUAUGACAAGCGCACUGCCAUUGACUAUGACAAGCGUGAUUCCGAAGGCACCGCCAUUGACUAUGACAAGCGUGAUUCCGAAGGCACCGCCAUUGACUGGGACUAA